AUGGAGCAGAUCUUUACGAUAAACAUCACAGCCGCAGUGGAGGGAACGUUACUGGUACUGGCGGGAACAUUACUGCUGAUUCUGUUGCACAGAGUAUUAACAGCCAAGAACUGGAACCAAUCAGCUGUCCCAGGUCCCAGUUGGUUGUUGGGUCUUGGCCCAAUUCUGAGCUACAGCAGGUUUCUGUGGAUGGGAAUAGGUACCGCCUGCAACUACUACAAUGACAAAUAUGGCAGCGUUGCUCGGGUUUGGAUCAACGGAGAAGAAACCCUUAUACUCAGCAAGUCUUCUGCCAUAUAUCAUGUUCUCAAGAGCAGUAAUUACACUGGAAGGUUUGCCAGUAAAAAGGGUCUCCAGUGCAUUGGCAUGUUUGAACAAGGCAUCAUAUUCAACAGCAACAUUGCACUGUGGAAAAAAGUGAGAACAUACUUCACCAAAGCUCUAACAGGUCCGGGUCUCCAGAGAUCAGUAGACGUGUGCGUCAGCGCCACCAAUAAACAGCUUGACCUCUUGCACGAGUUCAGUGACCCCUCAGGACAUGUGGACGUGCUCAAUCUUCUGCGCUGUAUCGUGGUGGACGUUUCUAACCGACUCUUCUUAAGAAUCCCUCUCAACGAAAAAUACUUACUCGUAAAGAUACACCGAUAUUUCAGUACCUGGCAGACAGUCCUGAUUCAACCAGACAUUUUCUUCAGAUUGGACUUUCUGUACAACAAAUACCACCUGGCAGCAAAAGAGCUCCAGGACGAAAUGGAAAAGCUUGUGGAAACAAAGCGUCAGGUCAUAAACAACAUGGACAAGCUGGAUGAGACAGAUUUUGCAACAGAGCUGAUAUUUGCUCAGAACCACGGGGAGCUGUCCGCAGACGAUGUGAGACAGUGUGUGCUAGAGAUGGUGAUAGCUGCUCCAGACACACUCUCCAUCAGUCUGUUCUUCAUGCUUCUACUGUUAAAGCAGAACUCUGCUGUGGAGGAGCACAUAGUACAGGAGAUUGAGUCUCAAAUAGGUGUGCGGGAUGUAGAGUCAGCUGAUCUGCAGAACCUGAGCGUUCUAGAGCGUUUUAUUAAAGAGUCCCUGAGGUUCCAUCCAGUGGUGGACUUCAUCAUGAGAAGAUCUCUGGAGGAUGACCAUAUUGUUGGGUACAAGGUGGCAAAAGGAACAAAUCUCAUACUUAACAUUGGACGUAUGCACAAGACUGAGUUCUUCAAAAAACCCAAUGAAUUCAGCUUGGAAAACUUUGAAAACAAUGUUCCCAGCCGUUAUUUCCAACCGUUCGGCUGCGGCCCGCGGGCUUGUGUUGGGAAGCACAUUGCUAUGGUGAUGACGAAGGCGAUUCUGGUCACCCUGUUGUCGAGGUUCACAGUUUGUCCUCGAAACGGCUGCACCAUCAGCACCAUUAAACAGACCAAUAACCUCUCCAUGCAACCCGUGGAAGAAGAUCCCAAAUGUCUGGCCAUGCGCUUCAUACAACGUGCACAGAACAUUAGCAGAGAAACGACAGAAAACAACACCUGAAUGCCUCUCAGAAAUGCUGACAAAAAGUUGUUUUUCAAUGUAAUUUUUUUUUUAAACCUACAAAAAGUCAAUAUUAGUUUCCCAAACAGUCAUAAUAGUGGUCUAGAACAGGGCGUUUCAAGUUGUGGUGGGGGAGCAAGAUUAUGGGGAUUCAUCCAACCGACUCAAGUCUUUUGAAUCAGUUCACCGAAUAGAUUCGUCCAGAUUUGUUAACUUAAGCGUUCUGGGUGCCUGGGUAGCUCAGCGAGUAAAGGCGCUGACUACCACCCCUGGAGUUCGUGAGUUCGAAUGAGUGACUCCAGCCAGGUCUCCUAAGCAACCAAAUUGGCCCGGUUGCUAGGGAGGGUAGAGUCACAUGGGGUAACCUCCUCGUGGUCGCUAUAAUGUUGUUCUCGCUCUCGGUGGGGCGCGUGGUGAGUUGUGCGUGGAUGCCGCGGUGGAUGGUGUGAAGCCUCCACACACGCUAUGUAAUGCGCUCAACAAGCCACGUGAUAAGAUUCGCGGAUUGACAGUCUCAGACGCAGAGGCAACUGAGAUUUGUCCUCCACCACCCAGAUUAA